CGCAUGCGCCCUCAGCCGUCCGGCGCUCGAGCCCGAGAGCCGGCCGUUGCCUCCGCGAGCCCCCAUGGCGGAGGCCGGCUCGGUGCUUUCCCCGGAGGCGGAAGCGGAGGAAGAGGCCGACGAGGAGCUCCUGCAGCUGGAGACAGAACCGCCGGCCGUGGCGGUUUCCGGACGGGCGGCGCCGACCGCUCCCGGCGGCGCCGUUCGCCUCCUCGCCGCCCGGGAGCCGUUCGAGGCGGCGUGUGAGGAGGACGAGGACGAGGAAGGCGACGGCGAGGAGUCGGAGCCGCUCCUGGGCGCGGCGGCGGCGGCGGGCUGGGGCCGGAGGGCCCGCGAGGGGACAGGAAAUGUUGGAAGCAUUGCAGAGAUGAACUUCUUUGUGGAUGAUCCCGAAUUUGCUGAAGUCAUGCAGCAAGCAGAACAAGCCAUCGAAAGCGAAGUCUUCCCGGAAAGAAUCUCCCAAGGUUCCAGCGGAAGCUACUUUGUCAAAGACUCUAAGAGAAAAAGUAUUGGAGUGUUUAAACCCAAAUCUGAAGAGCCUUACGGUCAUCUCAAUCCAAAAUGGACCAAAUAUUUCCACAAAAUCUGUUGCCCUUGCUGCUUUGGCAGAGGCUGUCUUGUUCCUAAUCAGGGAUAUCUCUCCGAAGCUGGUGCCUAUCUUGUGGACAGCAAACUAGGAUUAGGAGUGGUACCCAAAACGAAGGUGGUCUGGUUUGUAAGCGAGACGUUCAACUACAGUGCAAUAGAUCGGGCCAAGUCGAGAGGCAAGAAAUACGCUUUGGAAAAAGUGCCAAAAGUUGGCAAAAAGUUUCAUCGAAUUGGACUACCUCCUAAGGUUGGCUCCUUUCAGCUUUUCGUGGAAGGUUACAAAGAGGCUGAUUAUUGGCUCAGGAAAUUUGAAACCGACCCCUUGCCUGAGAACACAAGGAAACAGUUUCAGUCCCAGUUUGAGAAACUGGUUGUGCUUGAUUAUGUUAUCAGAAAUACUGAUAGAGGCAACGAUAAUUGGCUAGUGAAGUAUGAAAAACAGAGCGAUGGGACUGAUCUCUCUGACAAGGAGAUCCAGUGGAUUAAUGAAAAGGAACCUAUUAUUAAAAUUGCAGCCAUUGAUAAUGGCCUCGCUUUUCCUUUCAAGCAUCCGGAUGAGUGGAGAGCGUAUCCAUUCCACUGGGCUUGGCUUCCGCAAGCAAAGGUCCCUUUUUCUCAAGAGACAAUAGAUUUGAUACUUCCUCGUAUUUCUGACAUGAAUUUUGUACAGGACCUCUGUGAAGAUCUUUAUGAACUUUUUAAGACUGACAAGGGGUUUGACAAAGCUACAUUUGAGAACCAAAUGUCUGUCAUGAGAGGGCAGAUCCUUAAUCUCACUCAGGCCUUAAAGGAUGGCAGAAGUCCUCUUCAACUGGUCCAGAUGCCUCGGGUGAUAGUGGAGAGAAGCCACGGUGGAACUCAAGGAAGGAUCGUUCACUUGAGCAAUGCAUUUACUCAGACUUUUCACAGCCGGAAGCCUUUUUUCUCCUCCUGGUAAAAGACAAGUUAAAGACCUUUAGUUUAGCAAGAUGUCCUACUUCGUAAAGAUUUCCAAAUAUUUUUUUUUCCUCUCUGAUCUCCCUCCCUCUCUCUCUCUCCCCCUCCCUAUGCUGGACUGCCAAAACCUCAAGACGUUUUAUAUAUUGAAUGUACUCCGUUUACAGUUUAUUUAAAAUUGUGAAAUUUUACAUCAGGGAAACAAGGAGCUUGUCCUAAACUGUUAUUUUUUAUAGACGGUUCGACGUUUUGUUUUGUUUUUUGUUUAUUUACUUUUGGAAAGGGGUGGGGGAAUAAAAGUUUACAGAUGCCAAAGACUACUUUUGACUUAUCUGGGGGGGGGGGGGAAAGAUUUUGUUGCCUACAAUAUCAGAAAUUAUAAUCUAAUUUUUAUAGAUAGGAUUGAAAUGCCUGGCCUUUUAUUCCACUACAUAGAUGCCUCUCCGUCAUCUUAACCUACUCCACAGGGGCCAAUCCCACCCUGUCUGCGUUUGGAAAAUAAAGGGCUUGCAGGUGGGUUAAAAAAGCAUAUUUGUAGAGAGGAAACAUACUGUAAUGAUGUCAUAGUUCUCACACCACCUUUGCGCUGAAGGCAGGCAGUUCUAAGUGCAACUUAGCAUCUGCUCCACUGUGUAUUGUUUGAUUUGGGAAAGGAAUGGAGCCCUUGGCCAGUGCUUCUUCCCCACGGUUGCAUGCCUAAUUUAUUGCACAGCUUAUCUCUGGGUUUUUAGCUACGAGCUCCAUCUGUACUUAACAAAAACAAAAACAAACAAUUGACCAUUGCUAUUUACAAAUGUGUGGCUUUUUCUUUGGGGGAAUACACGGUUUUAGGAACACAGUUUUCAUGCCUUCUCAGUUUUUUGUGUUUUCUGUGUAAAAAAAAAAAAAAUUGAGCCAAUUACGGAUGACUUUGUUGAUGUUUAAAGAUAUACUUUUGAAAGACUGGUUUUACUUAGCACCAAGAAGUGACACAUUCCAAGAAUUGUUGGUUUUCUGGACCAAGAACCGGAUGAGGGAAAACGUUACAAAAAAAAGGAACAUAAGUGUUUUUUUUCCCCACCACCCGUGAGAUUAUAGGUAUUGAUAAAUGCAUGCUUUCAGUCUUGUGAUUCUUUUGUCAGGAUGAUGAAUUGGGGAAAUACUGUAUUUUGUUAGAACAAUAUUUCUGCUGCAAUUUUGUCAGUGGCAUUGGGGUUUUUGAAACUUUUACCAAAGCCAAUUAAAUCGACUAACUUGAAACCAAAGUUCACUGGUACGUUGCUGCCUCUUCCUAACACCACUAUUUUGGUCUCGAGGAGAUCAAAAACUUGCAAAUCAGAAAAAUCAUUUUUGAUUAUUUUGUUGUCAGGCGAUUCCUUCAACCGCUCUAAACUUUGCACUUGGCUUUAGCUGAUCACUUGCAAGAAUGAUAAUCCAUGUAACUUUACACUUACCAAGAAUUUAGUAAAACUUGUUUUAAACUUCAGGGUUCGAAGCUCAAAACGUCUGUGUCAAAAAUAAGGGUUUUUUGGGGGAUUAAAGUUGUGCCUAGCUUUCUCAGAAAUGCUGUAUCUUUAACUGCUGAGCAAUACCCCCCUUGUUCUUGCAUUGCUAUUUCUUUUAAUGUUUGUUGAACCAAUGUAGCCUGUUGGGAUAAUUUACUUGAUAUUCUAAAAUGCAUAAGCCUUAAUAUUGAAAAUUUACUGUAUUGCGGGUUUAUAAAUUUAUUCUGAUUUCAGUUUUUAUCCAUUCCUGCAAACUAUUUAAAAUGAAAAAAAAAAAAAAAAAGGACGGACUUUGCUUUCCCCAAACAAUAAAAAGCAGGUCUACGCUGCUGCAGAUCUGCCACAACUGUCCGCUUACAUUUAAUCUAUUGUUGGAGAGAAACAUCUGGAACAGAGAACCUUCCCUUCUUAAGAUGAGGUUCAUUUUACCCAUUUGUAGUAUUUGUCCUGCUGCUAUCUUCCAUGUUCUUAGCACUCGGUGUAACAAGACAACACUUUUAGCCAGCCUGAUGGUUUUAUCAUUAAAGCGAAUUGUUUCAAUUAAAAA